GACUAGACCAAGGCGCCCUGGCGCGAGGGGAGGCACGCAUCUAAUCUAAGGACCGAACUCCGUUGAGCGAAAGUCUUCCUUCCUGUUGAUUGAUGUUGAUAUUAUCCAUAUUGUAACCUUUUAACAGAUUACCAGCAGCUAACUAUCGCUAUAACUCUCUCCUUACCAACUUUGUACCCAAAAGCCUCUUUGCGGACAUCGCACAGCUCAACAUGAAUUGGGAGGAUUCCGCACCCCCAGCAUUCUAUGACACAGAUGCUGGACGCAAAAUGUCACUGGCGACUUCAGUUACAGUAUCACCUCACCGUUAUUCUAUAAUGCGGUCAACUGCACCACGCUUAGCUGAGGCGCCGCGGGAGAGCACGCCCUUCGGCGCUUAUGACAUCGACCGGGCACAAAAAAAGGGCCUGGAGUCCACGUCACGAGACACACGGAGAUUCUAUUCGUCGGUAUUUGACUCCCAGGUAUCUCGGUUCCAGCGGCCCUGGAGCUCACCGGUGACAGACGCCUUUUAUGACCCGGAACGGCUGAAGGAUCACGCGCCUGUGGACAUCGCCAAAGCGCUGCAGACCACGCCCAUCAACUACGCCAUCCACCGCUCCCGCUACAAGCGCUUCCCCGACAAGCCGCUCAUGAACGACGGCCCCGACGUGGUGUACGACGUGGACUGCGCGCUGGCCAAGAACAAGGCCUCGCUGUACACCGCGGUCGUCAAGUCGCCCGUGUCCUACAGGAACAUGGGCGCGGGUGCGAGCCACUAUCAUGCGCGGCAGGACGUCUACAAGUCGCACCUGGGUCCGGGCUCCUACGACUACAAGGACGCCCGCAGCGUGUCCGUGUCGCCGGCGCUGGAGUCGCGGCCGCUCAGCUCCAUGGCCAGCAGCGUGCGCAGGUUCGGGCGGCCGGGCGAGGCGCACCGCAUGAUCGGGCAGUCGUGGGGGCCGGACCGCGCCAACAAGAACUGGCAGCGAGGCACGACCAUCACAAAGACAGACUACCUACGGCCGCAGUACCUGCCACGAGCUUACGAGACGUCACCCGACCGCCGGCGGCACUAGCGCCUGCAGAGGCGAGGAGGACAGUGUGACGUGGGGGGGAGGCCAGGAGCGGUUAUGGGAGGGUGGGUGUCAAGAAGCAUUGAUGUGGUUGCGCAGUUGACGUGUGGUGAUGGCUAUACUGUGAUACACCGGCAGGAGGUCAGAGCAGGACUGUAGAUUUACGGUAGCCUCGGUACGAUGACUGCACCAAGAGCGACAAUGAAGGGAGAUGGGUAGAAGCUAGUACAGACGUGAUGGCAUCGGGAGGCAUCGGGGUCAGGCUGCCCCAAAGCCUCAAGCACUGGAUGAUGUUGCAGGUGUGCGGCAGGACUGGAGGUAGAUGGCAGAUGCUUUCUGACUUAUAGAUUGACAUACUAAGACAAUGUGAUGACGUUCUGUGACCUAAUCAGCGUACCGGCGUCCCUGCCUGGGUGAGCCCGUGCGCAGGCUGGCGGGAAGCUUACCCAUUGCAGUGCGGUAUCAGUGUAUCAUACUGUGUCUGUGUGCGGGCAGAGGGCCAGAGAGGGCAGCGCCGAGUCUCCUGGGGUCUGAGGUGUUUGAGCAGGCAGGCAAGGUUUGGGUUUGGAUGUGCUUCUGCCUGUGUUUGUGAGCUGCCUAGGGAGUAGGUAUGCGGGUCGACGGCAGGCCCGCAGCCACAAACAGGCUUCACUGCCCGAAUGCAUGGAACCCAUAAGAUUUGCUUUUAAGCACCCCUGAUUGUAAGGACCUUAGAUG